AGAAAGCUAUUAGUAAUUGGGUUUUGAGAAAAGGAGAAAACUUUCGACGAUCGGAGUACGAAAAUGGAGGUACAGUGGCUUUUGGUGUGUCACGGGAUGAUGACGUUAACGGUGGUCAUCUCCUUCCUCUGUGGUCAAUGGCCAAUCUUCAAAGGCACACCUUUUCAAUGGAUUCACUACUUCAUCACUUUCGGCGCUUACGAUUACUUCCUGAAAUUUGUCGGAUUGGUGUUUGGUUCCAAGGGUACGGACGUGAUUCUGUCUGUGGAGUAUUUCUGCUGCGAUCGUCCUAAUCCGAUACUGCAAGUCAUAUAUAUAGCCAUUAUGGGAUCAACCUACUUUUUGACUGCAAAAUCUUCCUUCAUCUAUAUACCUGGAUAUUAUAUUGGCGAUGUUCACAAGUACACAAGCUUUCUAGCUGUUAUUGUUGGUGUCAUACUUUUCUUAUUAACAAGCUUUUCUGAUCCAGGUACUGUGAACGCUGAGAAUGUUUCACGGUACAUUUCUGCUUACCCCUAUGAUGAUAUCAUUUACUCGAAGAAAGAAUGUUCUACGUGUAAAAUCCCAAAGCCUGCUAGAUCCAAGCAUUGCAGCAUCUGCAACCGCUGUGUGGCUCGGUUUGAUCAUCAUUGUGGGUGGAUGAAUAACUGUAUAGGCGAAAGGAAUACCAAAUAUUUCAUGGCUUUCCUCUUGUGGCAUUUCCUUCUUUGCUUGUACGGAACAGUAGCCAUCGGGUUUAUUCUUGCUGGGCGAGUAAAAGAACUCCGUGUUGUACAUAUUUUAACUGUCUAUUACGGCGUAGAUAAAUCUUUUCGAAGCUUAGCUCCUCGAGUUUUACAGUGGCUAGUUGGUACAUACAACACCCAGAUUCUCCUAAUGGUGUUUCUCGCCAUUGUUUCUCUCCUCCUCGCUGGCUUCUUCGCUUACCACGCAAAUCUCUGCUUAACCAACACAACAACUAAUGAGACGUUUAAGUGGAGAGAGUAUAUAAGCUUGAAGAAGAGGCUCAGUGAAGCUAAGGCGAGCGCUGCUGCUCUCAAGGCCGGAAUGUCAUGUGAAUCAAAGAAGCCAACAGCUGCAAGCAAAUGCUUCGGGAUUUGUGGAAGAUCCUCUGCCCAUGAAGAAGGAGAAGCCAAAGCCGAAGCGAUAGUGAAACGGAAUUUGUAUGAUAGAGGAAGUUUUCAAAACGUUUCUGAGAUUGUUUUCCCUUUAUCAUCAAGACCAUCUUCUUCCAGCAAAUCAAAACGAAAAUCGGAAUAGUUCGUCCUUUCUUACAUGUAGUUUACUACUUUAUAGCUUUUGGUAGCUUUGACUGGUUUUUGUGAUUUGGUCCUCAAAUGCAAUUUAGAUUUUUACAUGUUACCUUAUACAUGAUCUGAUAUUUAUAUGGUAAAAGACUAACUAUUUGUUUGUGAUUGUGGAAAAUACUGGAAAUAUAUAACGCUGCGUUUA